AUGUUUCGCAAUCAAUACGAUACGGACGUGACGGUGUGGUCUCCACAGGGCCAUCUCCACCAGAUUGAUUACGCCAUGGAAGCAGUAAAACAAGGCAGUGCGUGUCUAGGAUUAACGUCCAACAAAGUUGCAGUGUUGUGCGGUAUCAAACGCCAGAGUCUCGAAUUGGCCGAACACCAGAAGAAGGUCUUCAAGAUUGACGAGCACAUGGGCAUUGCUAUCUCUGGACUUACGGCGGAUGCACGCACAUUGGCACGUUUUAUGCGCACAGAGAGUCUCAACCACAAGUUUGUGUACGGAAGCGCCAUUACCGUGGGGCGUUUAGUGUCGGACGUGGCCGAUAAGAAACAGGAGUGUACGCAAUCCUACAUCCGUCGUCCGUACGGUGUGGGGCUUCUAGUGGCUGGUGUGGAUAAAAAAGGAGUGCAUUUGUACCAGACGUGUCCAUCGGGCAAUUACUACGAGUACAAGGGCAUUGCUAUUGGUGCACGAUCGCAGUCGGCACGCACGUAUCUGGAAAAGCACUUUAAAAGCUUUCCCAAUUUGAGCAAGGAGGAGCUCAUUCAUCACGCACUGCAGGGCGUGCGUGGCUGUCUUCAGGGAGACCAGGAACUGACGGCUAGCAAUAUCACUAUUGCUGUCGUGGGAGUAGACCAGCCUUUCAAGAUUAUUGAGGGCACCGAGCUGCAGCCUUACAUUGAUGCCGUGGAGGUGUCGGAUGUGAAGGAGGACGAGGACGGUGAUGCCAAGAUGGAAGAAUAA